AUGUGGAGUCUGGAUCCGAUUUCAAGUAUUUUCACUGCAGAAUGUUAUGCCAUCUGGCAGGCACUUCUAUUCUUUGCAUUGUCAUCUAGCUUAGCGUGUUCGAUAGUAUCAGACUCUCUGAGUGUGAUCAGCUCCAUAGGAAAUAACUUCACCAAGGAUGAAAGAAUAAGUCGAAUCUUGAACUUAACCAGCUCACUAGAAAAUGACCAUAAAAAAGUCCGUUUCAUAUGGGUACCUAGUCAUGUGAAUAUUAUCGGCAAUGAAUUGGCUGAUGCAGCGGCAAAGCAAGCAGCCACCAUGGCACCGGAUGAAGGCAUUCCUACUCCGCUAUCUGACUAUGUUGGCUAA